GAAGCACAACCUCCUCAUGACCUUCUUCUACCUGAAAACGUAGCGGCAGCUCUCCCUAGCGGUUAGCAAGCAGUUAGCAGCGAAGGGAGUGGAGAGAUUGAGAAGUGAAAAGACAGGAAGGCCGUGGUACAUCGGCGUCUCCUAUACUAGACCUGCAGUGGCUACGGCUGGGGGUAUGACAGCUUCUAGCUAUCGUCUUUGUAUGGACAUGUAAAUAGCUGUUUUUGAAAGUAGAUGUGUGCUGUGCCUUCGAGAUGAGUGUGAAGGCAUUUGAGCUGGUCCCUGCUGUGGAGCGGGAGCUCCUAAUGGGAGACAAGGCCCGCAUCAACAUUGAGUGCAUCGAGUGCUGCGGCAAGCACCUGUACGUGGGCACCAACGACUGCUUCAUACAUCACUUCCUGCUAGAGGAGCAUGCCACGACCAAGGGGAUGCUAUCCUACACCGUCCAGAAGCUGCUGUUCAAGUACCUGGGCCUGAAAAAGCCUGUGGAGGCCCUAAAGGCCGCGUCAGCGUUAGAACGCAUCAUUGUCCUCUGUGAUGCUACAGUUAGUGUUAUUGACAUGAUCACCUUAGAACCCGUGCCUUCGGGCGGGGCCAAGAUCAAGGGCGUGGCCGCGUUCUGCGUCAACGAGAACCCGGUGAACGGGGACCCGUUCUGCGUGGAGAUCGGGGUGCUCUCGGCCCGGCGGCGCACCGUACAGAUAUACAUGGUUUACGAGGACAGGGUGCAGCUGGUGAAAGAGGUCAACACGCCGGGGCAGCCGUGUGCGGUCAGUCUGGACGGUUACUUCCUGUGCCUGGCCCUCUCCACGCAGUACAUGAUCCUUAACUACAGCACAGGGGCCGCGCAGGACCUGUUCCCCUAUGACAGCGAGGAGAGGAAGCCCAUAGUCAAGAGGAUCGGCAGGGAGGAGUUCCUCUUGGCUGCCCCUGGUGGCCUGGGUAUGUUUGCCAAUGCAGAGGGUAUAUCCCAGCGUGCCCCAGUGAACUGGUCAGAGAGUGUGAUGGGAGCCGCUGUGUGUUUUCCCUAUGUGGUGGCGCUAGACGAGGGCUUCGUCACCAUCCACAGUAUGCUGGACCAGCAGCUCAAACAGACCCUCUCCUUCAGAGACGGACACAUCCUACAGGACUUUGAAGGUAAGGUGGUUCUGGCCUCCACUAAGGCUGUGUACGUGCUGGUGCCCCUACCCCUGGAGAGACAGAUUCAGGAGCUGCUAGCUGGACACAGAGUGGAGGAGGCCCUGGCUCUGACUGAGGGAGUCAGGAGGAACAUUCCCAAAGACAAGUUCCAGAUAUUGCACAAAAGAAUCCUCCAGCAAGCAGGAUUCAUACAGUUUGGACAGCUUCAGUUUCUCGAAGCGAAAGAACACUUCAGGACAGGUCAGUUGGACGUCCGGGAGUUGAUCUCCCUCUACCCUCUCCUCCUCCCGGCCUCCUCCUCCUUCGCCCGCUGCCACCCGCCGCUCCACGGGUUCGCCGACCUCAACCACCUGGCGCAGGGGGACCAGGACAAGGUCCAGAGGUGCAAGAGGUUCCUCAUCACGUACCUGGGUGAGGUGCGAAGCACGGAGGGGGCUAACGGUUGCCAGGAGGACGUGGACACGGCUCUGUUGAAGCUGUACGCUGAGCAGGACCACGAGAGUCUUCUGGACCUGCUGGCCUCCCCCAACGCCUGUUUACUGGCAGACAGCGCCCCCUGGCUAGAGAAACACCACAAGUAUUUUGCACUAGGCCUCCUCUACCAUUAUAACGGACAGGAUUCAGCUGCUCUACAGUUGUGGGUGCAGGUAGUGAAUGGGGACCUUCAGGACUCUACCAGGUCUGACCUGUAUGAGUACAUUGUGGACUUCCUGGGUUUCUGUUCCAACCCGGACCUGGUGUGGAAAUAUGCGGACUGGGCCCUGCAGAGAGACCAGACGAUAGGGGUGCAGAUCUUCACCAGAAGGCCGGUGGGUCAGGACCAGGUUAAGGAGCAGAAGGACCAGGUGAACACAGACGACGUCAUUACGUACCUGGGGAAACACAGCCAGGCUCUGCUGCUCUACCUGGAACACCUGGUGCUGGGCCGACGGAUACAGAAAGAGAAGCUCCACACACACCUAGCAGUGCAGUACACAGACAGAGUCCUGUUUCUCCUGUCUCAGUCCCCCCCAGUGGACCAACAGGUGUCUGUAGCCCGGGACAAACUCCAGCUCCUCCUCAGGGAGUCCAGCCUGUACCGCGUCCAACUACUACUGGGUAAGAUCCAGGAAUGUGACCAGUUGUUACUGGAGAGAGCCACGCUCCACGGGAAACUAGAGGAGCACGAUAAGGCGUUACACAUCCUGGUGCACCAGCUAAAAGACUUCCCCGCUGCUGAGGCCUACUGCGUGUGGGGUUCCGCCUCCCGGGACCCGGCCUACCAGCAGAGCCUCUUUCACCUCCUCCUGGGGGUCUAUCUGGACCGGGACCUUCCCAGUAGUACGGUCACCGGGGAGCUGGAGAUGGCAGCGGUGGACCUGUUAAACCGGCACGGGGAGGUGUUCGACGCUGUGCGCGUGCUGGACCUGCUUCCUGAAGGCUGGUCCCUGCAGCUGCUUCGCCCGUUCCUCGGACGUGCCCUGCGGGGGAGUAUGCACGCCUGCCGCACCUCCCAGGUUGCACUGGGGCUGGCGAGGUCAGAGAACCUACAGCUGCAGCACGACAGGUUGGAGCAGAGGAGGAGCCCAGUCCUGGUAUCACAGAAGAAGGGGUGUGUUCUGUGCCACAACACCUUCAGCGAGCCAGACUGUGUGUGUCUUCCAGGAGGUGUGCCCGUACACACACACUGUGCCGCCCAGAGGGUGGUACGAGACUCGCCCACCAGGAGACAACUAGCCAAUAGCAACAAUCACACAUGAAGCCCCUUGACCACCAUCACCACCCAAGCCUCGCCCAGAGCCAGUGUGAUGGGAGGAGCCUAGCAGCAGCCUGGGCUGUGAUUGGUUGCGUCUGGGGGGGGGGGGGGGGGUGGUCACAUCAGAUGAUGACUAUGGGGGAUAAAAGCACAGCGGUUACCAUGGCUACCGUGGUCCAGCAUAGUGGGAGCAGCCCUGGAGCAUACUCAGAAACACAGAGCUGACCACACCUCUCUACUGUGUGUGUGUGUGUGUGUGUGUGUGUGUGUGUGUGUGUGUGUGUGUGUGUGUGUGUGAAGGAAGGAAGGUACUUAUUCCAGUGCCACCAUUCAUAAACAACAGGGAGACUGAUGACCGACUGAGUUGUGAAUGAAGUUCUACAACAAGAACUUAACUCCACAUCCAUCCCUAAUGACUCUAAACAUUGAAGUGAAACCUACAGUCUGUCCUGGUCUAGAGCUGAACCCCUCCUCUGUUAUGUCUGUCCUGGUCUAGUGCUGAACCCCUCUGUUAUGUCCUGGUCUAGUGCUGAACCCCUCUGUUAUGUCCUGGUCUAGAGCUGAACCCCUCCUCUGUUAUGUCUGUCCUGGUCUAGAGCUGAACCCCUCCUCUGUUAUGUCCUGGUCCAGUGCUGAACCCCUCCUCUGUUAUGUCUGUCCUGGUCCAGUGCUGAACCCCUCCUCUGUUAUGUCUGUCCUGGUCUAGAGCUGAACCCCUCCUCUGUUAUGUCUGUCCUGGUCUAGUGCUGAACCCCUCCUCUGUUAUGUCUGUCCUGGUCUAGUGCUGAACCCCUCCUCUGUUAUGUCUGUCCUGGUCUAGUGCUGAACCCCUCCUCUGUUAUGUCCUGGUCUAGAGCUGAACCCCUCCUCUGUUAUGUUAUGUCCUGGUCUAGAGCUGAACCCCUCCUCUGUUAUGUCUGUCCUGGUCUAGAGCUGAACCCCUCCUCUGUUAUGUCUGUCCUGGUCUAGAGCUGAACCCCUCCUCUGUUAUGUCCUGGUCUAGAGCUGAACCCCUCCUCUGUUAUGUCUGUCCUGGUCUAGAGCUGAACCCCUCCUCUGUUAUGUCCUGGUCUAGUGCUGAACCCCUCUGUUAUGUCCUGGUCUAGAGCUGAACCCCUCUGUUAUGUCCUGGUCUAGAGCUGAACCCCUCCUCUGCUAUGUCUGUCCUGGUCUAGAGCUGAACCCCUCCUCUGCUAUGUCUGUCCUGGUCUAGAGCUGAACCCCUCCUCUGCUAUGUCUGUCCUGGUCUAGUGCUGAACCCCUCUGUUAUGUCCUGGUCUAGAGCUGAACCCCUCUGUUAUGUCUGUCCUGGUCUAGUGCUGAACCCCUCCUCUGCUAUGUCUGUCCUGGUCUAGAGCUGAACCCCUCCUCUGCUAUGUCUGUCCUGGUCUAGUGCUGAACCCCUCCUCUGCUAUGUCUGUCCUGGUCUAGUGCUGAACCCCUCCUCUGCUAUGUCUGUCCUGGUCUAGUGCUGAACCCCUCCUCUGCUAUGUCUGUCCUGGUCUAGUGCUGAACCCCUCCUCUGCUAUGUUUGUCCUGGUCUAGUGCUGAACCCCUCCUCUGCUAUGUUUGUCCUGGUCUAGUGCUGAACCCCUCUGUUAUGUCCUGGUCUAGUGCUGAACCCCUCCUCUGUUAUGUUUGUCCUGGUCUAGUGCUGAACCCCUCUGUUCUGUCCUGGUCUAGAGCUGAACCCCUCCCUCUGCUAUGUCUGUCCAGGCCCAAACCUGAGAUGAGCUUGAGUCUAUCCCUGGGGAGGGUCUUACUGCAGAACACAGUGCAAGCAGACCAGUUAGACAUCUCCUCCUUCACUACAGUGGCUCCUCUCUGCUGCUGGUAUCUGAGACUGAACUUGAAGACGAUGAUUCCCCAGUGAGGCUGUGUUCACAGCCAGGAGCGUUCCUAAUUGUUGCUAAAUGUUCUGCUGUGUUGCACACACUCUCUCUCACCCCUCCAACCUGCUCCCCUUCCUGAACCUUGUGUCCACACUACUCAAGAACUGUCUCUCUGCCUUCAAGCAAAAAACACAAUGGUUUGGUUUUCACUUUGCUAACCAGGUGGGGGUGAAACAUCCAGCUAACCUGAUGCUAGCUGGUUUCAGCUCAGACCAGGUGGGGUUGAAACAUCCAGCUAACCUGAUGCUAGCUGGUUUCAGCUCUGACCAAGGUGGGGUUGAAACAUCCAGCUAACCUGAUGCUAGCUGGUUUCAGCUCAGACCAGGUGGGGUUGAAACAUCCAGCUAACCUGAUGCUAGCUGGUUUCAGCUCAGACCAGGUGGGGUUGAAACAUCCAGCUAACCUGAUGCUAGCUGGUUUCAGCUCAGACCAGGUGGGGUUGAAACAUCCAGCUAACCUGAUGCUAGCUGGUUUCAGCUCAGACCAGGUGGGGUUGAAACAUCCAGCUAACCUGAUGCUAGCUGGUUUCAGCUCAGACCAGGUGGGGUUGAAACAUCCAGCUAACCUGAUGCUAGCUGGUUUCAGCUCAGACCAGGUGGGGUUGAAACAUCCAGCUAACCUGAUGCUAGCUGGUUUCAGCUCAGACCAGGUGGGGUUGAAACAUCCAGCUAACCUGAUGCUAGCUGGUUUCAGCUCAGACCAGGUGGGGUUGAAACAUCCAGCUAACCUGAUGCUAGCUGGUUUCAGCUCAGACCAGGUGGGGUUGAAACAUCCAGCUAACCUGAUGCUAGCUGGUUUCAGCUCAGACCAGGUGGGGUUGAAACAUCCAGCUAACCUGAUGCUAGCUGGUUUCAGCUCAGACCAGGGCUGUAUUCAUUAGGCACCAAACUGAAGUAAACAUGACAGGGACUAGCUGAGCCAUCUCGAAAAAGAAACUUGUUUUCCUUUUCCACUCCGAAACAUUUUGCUUCGGUGUUCCCUGAUGAACAUGACCCAGCUCAAUGGGAUGUGAAAUACUAAAACACUGAACAGAAGAAUUGGCUAAUGUUUCACUGACCAAAGCAAACGUUUAACCUGAUCCCAGAUCUGUUCGUGCUCAUGCCAACUUCAUUGCUAUUAGUCAAGCCAAUUAUUUUUGGCAUGACUAUGAGUGACAAGGAGUUGUCAUGGUGACACAAACAGACUGGCACUCAGGCUAAGCUAUGUCCUAUUUAUAGAGUUCUCAUCUUUGUAUCUGUCCCAUUAUAACAUCAGUGACGGCAUGAGCAGCACCAUUGAGGCUAUCACCAUUUUAAAGUAGUACAUUUUCUUCUUUUUUUUAUGUUUGAGUGUAUCGUGUAUCGUUAAUAUUAGUGAUUUACCUCCACCUGCAUUGCCCGGGGUCUUGAACCAAAUCUUGUCAUUCAUUUGUUGUGGCCACUACAAGGCUUUGAUAUAGCUUAAAGCCAUUUACAAAACUAAGCAAACCAAUUUGAAGAAGACAAUGCUCUGAUCAUUGACCGAUAGCUCCCAACUCAUAGGAAUCGCUGUCCAGUUGACUACUUUAAAAUGGUGGAAGCGCUCCGUGGCAAAGCCCAUGCAAAUAGUGUUAUUUCCAAGUACUGAUCUCUCUCCAUCUCUAUGGUCCUGUCCCAGUUCACGUCGAUCAGUGAACAACAUGAUUGUGGGUCGAACAAAGCAAGAAAUUAGCCUUUGUAUUAACACAUGGAUUUACAGGGAAUCCUUCAAUUAUGCAAAUUAGCCGGUAAAAUCGAAUUAGUUUUUUGUGUCGAGGCGUUAAAACCAGAUGAGCGUUUUGUGAACAGUAAAAGGGAAAACGCAUUGCAAUGCAGUCUGUCUGUUUGUUUAAAGGCUUUAGUUGUUUUGUUCUCACCCUGCUUGCAAGGUUUAUAGCAAACUGAUUUAUCGGUCAAAAAAACUAUUUUGACUUUUUAAAAUGUGUGAAAUGUCAAACUUUUUGAUGGAUUUUGCAAUAGACCAUUUGAUGAGCACAGA